UCAGAGCCUUCCUGAUGUAUAUAUGCAGGUAGUGAGAUUUGAAACAGCCCUUUGAGACGGUAAUAUAAUAAAACUCUGAUUUGGGGAGUAGCAGUUCUCCUCAUUUUUCUACUCUCUUGUGGGAAUGAGUUGCCAACCUUUUACUUCGGCUGAAACUUUUAUACCUCUGAAUUCUGAGUCUUCUGCCACUCUGCCUCUGAUAAUGCAUCACAGCGCUGCCGAGUGCCUACCAGUCUCCAACCAUGCCACCAAUGUGAUGUCUACAGCCACAGGACUUCAUUAUUCCGUUCCUUCCUGUCAUUAUGGGAACCAGCCGUCAACCUAUGGAGUGAUGGCAGGUAGCUUAACCCCUUGUCUUUAUAAGUUUCCUGACCAUACCUUGAGUCAUGGAUUCCCUCCCAUGCACCAGCCUCUCCUGGCAGAGGACCCCACAGCUGCUGAUUUCAAGCAGGAACUCAGGCGGAAAAGUAAAUUAGUUGAAGAGCCAAUAGACAUGGAUUCUCCGGAAAUUCGAGAGCUUGAAAAGUUUGCCAAUGAAUUUAAAGUGAGAAGAAUUAAGUUAGGAUACACCCAAACAAAUGUUGGGGAGGCUCUGGCAGCUGUGCAUGGCUCUGAAUUCAGUCAAACAACUAUCUGCCGAUUUGAAAACCUGCAGCUCAGCUUUAAAAAUGCAUGCAAGCUGAAAGCAAUAUUAUCAAAAUGGCUGGAGGAAGCUGAACAAGUGGGAGCUUUAUACAAUGAAAAAGCGGGAGUAAAUGAAAGGAAACGGAAACGGAGAACAACUAUAAGUAUUGCUGCUAAGGACGCUCUGGAGAGACACUUUGGAGAACAGAAUAAACCUUCCUCUCAAGAGAUCAUGCGGAUGGCUGAAGAAUUGAAUCUUGAGAAAGAAGUAGUAAGAGUUUGGUUUUGCAACAGAAGGCAGAGAGAAAAACGGGUGAAAACAAGUCUGAAUCAGAGUUUAUUUACUAUUUCCAAGGAGAAUCUUGAGUGCAGAUAAGGUUUCCUAUUGUGAAAUUGCAAAUUUUCCUAUUUUUCAUUCCUUUCUCUUCUCCAACAAAAAUAGAAGUUAGGUAUUUGGUUGGUUUUAAAAAAAUCAUUUUAUAUCAGCAUUUGCUAUAUCACCCUUCUUUUCUACAUUCUAAAAAAUACAAUUAUAUUGACGAAUUAUUUUCUUUAAAAUGAUUACUCUCAGAAGCUACAUUUUACAUUUUAACCCAAAGAUACUAAUAGGAAUAAAAUGAUCCUUUCUCUAAAUCUCUAUCCAUCCACCCACCAAUGCAUCUAUCUAUCUAUCUAUCUAUCUAUCUAUCUAUCUAU